AUGUUCCCAGCGAGCACGCCCCACUCCUGCCCGCAUCCCUAUCCGCCGGCCUCUAAGGCCGGGGAUGGCUGGCCGUACGGCGCCGGGGGCUGCCGGCCCGCGCCCCCCUCGUUCCUCCCUGGCUGCAGGCAGCUCAUGGCCGCUGACUACUUCGACAACUACCGGCGGGCGCAGCUCAUGGCCCUGUUAUCGCGGGUGGGUCCCCGUCCGGUCAGCAGCCGCGAUGCUGCGGUGCAAGUGAACCCGCGCCGCGACGCCUCAGUGCAGUGUUCGCUCGGGCGCCGCACGCUGCAGCAUGGACGGCGCCGACCGAGCCCCGAGGUACAGCCUGGUUCCCGCCAACCUGGCAGCCCCGUCGGCGCUCGGAGACCCGCGCGCUCCUGGCGCACCAUCGCCGUGUACUCGCCGGUAGCCUUCGGUGGCCUCGCCUCCUCCUUGGAGGUCGCGCAGACACCCACGAAGGGAGAGAGGAGGCCGGCCCCCGCGGGGACCCGGGACCCGGAGCCGGGAGAGGUGGCGGAGUUGAAAGCAGUCCCCCAGCCGCGCUCCGAAGAGAGCGACGUCCAGCCCAAUGGGCAAGCAGGGCGGGAGCAGACAACGCGGGAGGACUCAGACAGUGUGGCGGAGACGCAGCUCGAACUCAAGAGUCAGGAGCUGCGUCCUGCCGCAGAGGCAGCUCAGGACCCUAGUGACCCGGCCGCUGCGGGAGACGGGACCUCCCCACAGAGCACGGAGCAAGACAAGGAGCGCCUGCGCUUCCAGUUCUUAGAGCAGAAGUAUGGUUACUAUCACUGCAAGGAGUGCAACAUCCGGUGGGAGAGCGCCUAUGUGUGGUGUGUGCAGGGCACCAGCAAGGUGUACUUCAAACAGUUCUGCCGAGUAUGUCAGAAAUCCUACAACCCUUACCGAGUGGAGGAUAUCACCUGUCAAAGUUGUAAAAGGACUAGAUGUGCCUGCCCAGUCAGACUUCGCCACGUGGACCCCAAACGACCCCAUCGUCAAGACUUGUGUGGGAGAUGCAAGGACAAACGCCUGUCCUGUGACAGCACUUUCAGCUUCAAAUACAUCAUUUAG